AGAGGGAGAAUGAUAUCCAGAGGAAUCACGCUGCUUACAUCUCCUCUCUGAUUUUUAUUCGUUUCUUUCAGGGGGUUGAGCCAUCGCACCCGAGCUCUCAGAGCACAUCACUUUUCAGAUAAUCUCAUUUUUAUCCAUUCGCCACACAUCGGUUGGUGAUCACCAUCCUGGUUAUUCAGUUGAUCCCAGCUUGAAAGAUUAGUUGUAAAAAAAAAAAAAAAAAAAAAAAAAAAAAAAAAACUUGCAUCCAGCUGCAGCCUAUUAUGGAAUGCCUGACUUGUAAUAAAUUUUAAAUCAGUUUUCCAAAUAUUACUUUUUUUCCUGGUAUAAUCUGAUAUAACUGACAGUUUGAAGAUGGCCAUCAACACGGACACCGACUACCAGAAGUCCAACUUGGGUGAGGGUGGAGGAGGCGCACCUCCUGCGGACUCCCAGGAGACAGAGAAACUGCUGGCGAUAACCACAGAGCCCGGGGGACAUGGGAUGAAGAUGUCCACCUCCUUCACCGUCAAUGUGGGCAGCGACAAGGGCCUGGAGGCAGACCAGAACGGCCACAGCGUCGUCGUGAGAUCGGGCUCGGUAGGGCAGCUUGCCGCCGCCGCCCCCCUCUCCCCAUCCAAGGCCAGUCUGAGCCGCUCCUCCACCGGGAACGCUACCGUGCAGGAGACCCCGAAGCCCAGGGAUUACCUCAUCCUGGUCAUCAUCUCCUGCUUCUGCCCCGUGUGGCCCGUCAGCAUUGUCGCACUGGUGUACUCCAUCAUGUCCAGAAACAGUCUCCAGGCGGGGGACACGGACGGGGCCAGGAGGCUGGGUCGACUGGCUCGUCUGCUGAGUAUCGUCGCCAUCGUCCUGGGCUUGCUCAUCAUCAUAGUCUACAUUUCUGUUUCAGUCAAGACUAUGUCACUGAAGACCUGAGGGGAAAAAAACACCUGUGAAUUUAGCCGUGAAAGCGAGACCACGGAUGAAACGAAAAAACACGAAAUACAAUUCCUAACUUUAUGCCAUAUUGUAAUUACAUCAUGACCACCCUCUGAAAGCAAAAAAAAAAAAUAGGCAAUUCAUGUAGUAGGUAUUGCAGCAAUUAAACAAAUGGAAAAAAAAAAUCAUUCA